UUACGUCACGUGACGUACCCGGAAAUGGAGCCACGUCGUCAAAUGGGAGUGUCCUUUAUAUUACUUUUGAUUACUGUCAAUGGGAGCGUCUCUACUACAAGAUAAAGGAAGUUCUGCACACUUUGCCCUGCUGUACAUAUUAAAUAAAUAAAAUACAUGAUGGCUCAGUUUGAGGAGGUGUCAAAGCAGUCCAGUCUCCAUCCAAAGCCUGCAGGUUUGGUUUUACAGUAUGGAACCGCCGGCUUCAGAACCAAUUCUAAACACUUGGACCACAUAAUGUUUCGAAUGGGCUUGCUGGCUGUGCUGCGGUCCAAGAAAACUAAAGCUACCAUUGGAAUCAUGGUUACUGCGUCACACAACCCCGAGGAGGACAAUGGGGUGAAGCUGGUUGACCCCAUGGGGGAAAUGUUGGCUGCAGCAUGGGAGAGCUACGCCACCAUGCUAGCUAAUGCUGAACAAGAAGAGUUGAUCUCCGCCUUGAAUGAGAUUAUAGAAAAAGAAGAGAUUGACAAGAGCCAGGAGGCUUCUGUGUUUGUUGGAAAGGACACCAGGAGCAGCAGUGCCAGUCUUUCACAAGCAGUUUUGGAUGGAGUUCAUGCUCUUGGUGGUCACAGUAAAGAUUAUGGCUUGGUAACAACCCCGCAGCUGCACUACAUGGUCUGCUGCAAAAACACACAGGGGAAAUACGGAGAUGCUACAGUGGAAGGAUACUACAAAAAACUCUGCCAAGCCUUCACUCAGCUUAUUGGGAAUGCAUCCAACCGCACAGACGAUCAGAAGCACCUCUGUGUAGAUGGUGCUAAUGGUAUCGGGGCUUUGAAGCUGCGCGAGAUGAUGACUCAUCUCAACAAAGGCCUCCAAGUGACCAUUUUCAACGACGGCAGCAAAGGAAAGCUAAACCACCAGUGCGGAGCAGACUUUGUUAAAGUGCAGCAAAAACCUCCCACAGGCAUUCAGGUUAACCCUGGAGAUCGCUGCUGCUCCUUUGACGGUGAUGCUGACCGGAUCGUUUAUUACUUCACUGAUUCCCAGCAAGUGUUUCACCUUCUGGACGGAGACAAGAUUGCGACUCUAAUCAGCACUUUUCUGAAAGAGCUGCUCAUUCAGGCAGGUUUGAACUUGAGGAUUGCGGUGGUGCAAACUGCCUAUGCAAAUGGGAGCUCAACACACUACCUGGAGAACACCAUGAACGUAACGGUAAGAUGCACUAAGACAGGAGUGAAGCAUCUUCAUCACGCAGCUCUGGAGUUUGACGUUGGCGUUUACUUUGAGGCAAAUGGCCACGGAACUGUGCUGUUCAGCAAGGCAGCCGAGGACCAAAUCCAGCAGCUGGCUCAGGACAGCAGCAGCAUCGAUGACGAGAGGAAGAGAGCCGCUCUCAUGCUGCAGAGUACCGUCAACGUCAUCAACCAGACAGUUGGAGAUGCUCUUUCUGACAUGCUGCUGAUUGAGGCCAUUCUAGCCAUCAAAGGGAUGACGGUGGAGCAGUGGGACAGGAUCUACACGGAUCUGCCAAACAGGCAACUCAAAGUCAAGGUGUCUGACCGCCGGGUAAUAGACACCACAGACGCUGAGAGAAGGGCGGUGAGCCCAGCAGGCCUGCAGGACGCCAUCGACGGCCUGGUGAAGAACUACAGAAACGCUCGCUCUUUUGUCAGGCCGUCUGGGACGGAGGAUGUGGUGAGAGUCUACGCAGAGGCGGACACGCAGGAGAGUGCCGACGCUCUGGCUCAUGACGUCAGCCUUGCAGUUUAUCGCCGUGCGGGCGGGGUGGGCGAGGAACCCAAACCACUUCAUUCACAAACUUAAAGAUUCAGUCUUUUGAAAUAACAGUGCUGGUAAGAAUCUAAAAGUGCACAUUCUUGUUUUCUGGGAACUACGUAAUUACUUUAAAAUAUUUAUUUGCACUUAAAGCUCUAACUGUGAUUAUGAGGGAUUAUGUUUGAUUUAAUGUGGCAGAAAUGAAUAUUCUGACUUAUAAUGUCAGCUAUUCUUUAGGGUAACAAUGAACUGUGUUUUCUUAAACUGUAUUGUUUUUCUAAAUCAACCCAUUACUGUAAGCCUUUUUUUCUAAGAUGAUGAUGAUGAAAAAAAAUGGUACAAAUUUUAGAAAUAAAAU